AACCCAUUUCCCUCCAGGUGUGGCUAAUGGAAAUGCUUUGCUUUAGGAGACUAGCAGGUUCACAGCCAUAGAGUUUUUUCCUACAGAGGAGACAGACCAUAGCAAAGAAAUGGCUAAAGCAAAUCAAAAAGGCCAUAACUGCCCAUAGCAGCUCCUGAAACUUAAUGAAAUAGGUCAUCUACACCGAAGGAAAUUGUACAGCUUUUUCAUUGCCGUUGCUGUUUUAAAAAAAGGAAUUUCUGAAUUCUGGAAAAAAGAACCAGAAAGUGAGCAAGGCAAACAUGGGAGCAGGAUGCCCCUGCCCCCUAAUAUCAUGCUGAUGCCCCAUAAAAAGUGAAUGAACGAAGUGAGGCUAUUCUACAGACAUUGCAAGCAGGGAGCACUGCAACCCACUUUUUUGAUAAGUCUGUGAGCCUGAAGGAACUUUACAAGAUCCACAGCACUCCACGGGCAGGAGGAUACAUCUGUUUUAAAGCAUAUAAAUAAGCAGUCUGUGCAAUGAGGGAAUAUGGACCUGAGUAUUUGAGUCUUUCUGUGUAGCAACUUCCAUGAGGAAACCUCCUUGUCUCUCUUUUGAAAGAAGAUACAGAACAGCAAGCUUUUCAUCUUAGUAGUUCAUGAAAAAAACAGAAGCCAGCACAUCAAUGCUGGGGCUUCCAGUUCAUCAUCCUGUGGGUGGGAGCUAGUUGGCUGGAUGCUCCAGGAGAACUGCACUGAAAUGCUGGACUUUAUGUUGUUGGCUUUCCCCACCCAACCAGAACAUCAGGUCUUACUUUUCCUGGGCAUCAGCAUGGUCUAUGCAGCCAUAAUCACAGGUAACUUACUCAUUAUAGUAGCUAUCUGGGCUAAGCCUCACCUGCAUACUCCCAUGUAUUUCUUCUUGGGGACUCUCUCUGUUGUUGAGCUCUGCUACACAGCAGCUGUAGUCCCACAGAUCCUGGUGACCAGCUUGCAAGAGAGGAAGUUCAUCACUUUUAGGAGCUGCUGUGCUCAGAUGUUCUUUUUUAUUGGACUGGGUAGUGCUGACUGCUUCUUGCUGGCUAUCAUGGCAUACGACCGCUAUGUGGCAAUUUGCAAACCCUUGCGCUAUACCCUCAUCAUGACACAGGAACUGUGCAUUCAGCUGGUCGGUGCCUCAUUGCUGAUCGGUUUCUUGGUUUCAUUAAUGCUGAUAUGGCUGGUCUUCCACCUCCCCUUCUGUGGUGGAUAUGGAAUUGAACACUAUUUCUGUGACGUGCCACCUGUAUCACAGCUCACUUCUAACAAGACCAAGCUUAAUGAAGUUGGGAUAUUCCUCAGUGGGAUCAUGGCCAUCACUGUGCCCUUCAUAUUGAUCUGCACCUCUUACCUUUUCAUUGCUGUUUCAGUGCUGCAGGUCCAUUCUGCAGACAGUCGCCGAAAGGCCAUCUCCACUUGUUCCUCCCACCUAGCUGUGGUGGCCCUGCAGUACGGUUGCUGCAGCUUCAUGUACUUGCGCCCAAGCUCCAGCUUUUCUCCUAAGCAAGACCAGAUGUUGUCAAUGGUGUACACUCUGGGAACACCGCUGCUCAACCCCAUCAUCUAUAGCCUGAGAAACAAAGAGGUGAAAGCAGCCCUGAGGCAAGUAAUCAGCCACCAACUCUUGCGCAGGGGAUAUUAAUGCCACUAAACUCCAUGCCUUGCAAGCUGGUGGUUGCAAAUACACCUGACCUUUUUCAUGAAGAAAUUGCUUCUCAGCCCCAGAGGAGGACUAACAUGUAUUGUUCUCUCAGAGGGCCUAAGCAGCUGGGGACUGUUCGGGAGCUUGGAGCACUUAUCUAGAGGGAUGCUUCCAGACAGAGGCUUAAUAUUACAAAUGGGUCAUUGGCAACAGGUUGUUGUAAAAAUGUAUCAGGCUGGUCCAAGAAAGGGUAAAUCUAGAUUAAAUGGCUGGCGGGGGGGAGGGGAUGUGGUCUAGCAUUUUAAUGCUGACAAUCAUGCCAUGUGAACUCUGCAAAAAACUUGCAUGCAUGAACUGCACACAUUUCACAAUUGCAAUAAACAACCAUUUGGAAACACUCGAAGUGGAAUUAUACUGUUGUGGAUUUUUAUACUAAAUAUUUAUACUAAAUAGGCCUUUAGUCAGAUCCAGAAGAGCUCAACUUAUACUCUUAUUACAAGCAAAGAGGAUUUCCUUCUGUGAACUGGAUUUCUGUGAAUAGGGUUAUGAGUAUGGGUUUCUUGAGGCAAUAUCUGAACUUGACAAGAGUGUGCUGAUACUCCAUGAUGUUCCAGUGCUAUGCCCCCAUGGGAGUUGAAAAGGCUAGGUGAUUGUUGAAAGGAAUGGCUCGCCUGGAUUUCACCUUCCAGCCAGGAGGCAAAGUGUGUGAAAAAAACAAUAGACUGUGGCUGAGACUGAGAGCUUGAUUUGGGGCUCUGUAAGUCAUUGAGCAUCUUAAGGGUGUAGCUGUCCUUCCUGGAGAGCUGGUAUAGGAGCUGCGGACUUUGGUUCUCUGUCAGUGUUUAAGCUGUGUGACU